AUGGCUUCGGACAAUCUGAAAGAAAAGGCAAAUUUUACAAGGCUUAGUAGACUUAUAGUGGAUAAAGGAACUGAAGCUUUAAGGGUUACAUUCGAUGCCUUACAUCCAGCUAAUCUACCUGCAGCUCUUAAAGUGAACAAAGCAUCCCUUUUAAAGUUGAGGCCUGGAGUUAUCAAUGGUAACCAGUGGAAAUUAUUGUUCCCUCCGUGCGGCAGCCCACCUGCAGACUCGAAAAGCUUUGAUGUCACAUUACUUGUUGUUCUUUUACGGAACAUUUGUUGUUUAUCUCCUCCUACAGACACAGUGUGGACCACGAUGCCACUGGACAAAACUGUCUCGUUGGAAGCAAACAUCACAAGAAUCAAGAUGUUCAGAAAGCAAGUUUAUGCUCAUGCCAAUUCAACCCAAGUAGAUGAAGCAACAUUUGAGAGUUUAUGGGAAAAUAUUUCUAAAGUAUUGGUCGGCUUGGGCAUUCCACAAAAAGAGACUGAUGAUUUGAAAACUUGUCCUUUGGGUCCCGAAGAAGACAUGUAUGUGCAGCGUCUUGAAGAAUGGUUUUUGAGAGAAGAAGAUUCUAACCGUAUGCUGGUUGGUAUUCAGCAAGGCAAUGAAGACAUCAAAACUGGCAUACAACAUCUAACACAAAUUUGUGAGGAGCGUCUGAUAGUUGGACAAAAUCCAGAAGGUUAGUGUGGUUACGCAUCAUUUCGCGAUUAGGUAAUUUGUGCAACCUGCGACAGCUCCAACUCAGACAACGAAAGGAUACUUUAGCUUGUUUAUCUUGAUACCAAACAAACUGCGACAGUUCCAACUCGGACAACGAAAGGAUAAUUUAGCUUGUUUAUCUUGAACGUUGUUUGUACUCGAUGUAGAAACAGCUUUCACAGUGUUGCGCACAGCUGGUGGUUUCUUCGGAUGAUUUUUGCAUUGAUUCAAUUGCGUUCUACUCUAAACGUAUUAAAUAGAGUGCAGCACAAUGUGGUCAUCAAAUGCAGUGCAUGGCCGUUAUGCGAGCAUUUGAAUGAUGUUUUUGCUAGCAGACAUACAUUGCAUAAUAAACAAUUAUUGAAUGAGGUCGAGUAGAAUGAGGAAUUAUUAAGGCAUCGGUGAUGUUGAUUUAUAACGUUCUUUAGAUUCGAUAUAAACAUUGCCCAAAUUUUGCAUCUUUCGAACUUUUUUGAAUUCAAAUAUACUCUAGUUUAUAUUCAUUUACAAUAGCGAACCAGAAAAGUGUUAGAUAUUCAGUUAGCAUGUCUUAUUUUACAAAUAUAGCAGUUCAAAAUGUAAACAAAGGAUUUGUUAAUUUACAUUACGGACUUGACAUAGUCUUUAAGUUUUGUUUAUCUCAUUACUCGAAAUUCCGUAAUCACUGAAAGUAUCAACAAUAUAUUCAGUUUGUGUGGACGUAUUAUUCAAGUAAUUUAAGCCGUGCUGUGAUUUUCUACAAGACCUGUGUUAAGCGGUCAAUCUGUAUUACGUGGUCACUUGCGAAAUCCCCGAGGGUGUACACAGGAAUUAUGUUGGCGAUCUUCCAGGAGAGCACCUUGACUUAGGGACUUAUUAAAAAGCGUGCACAAAGACGUUGAAAUAACAGGAACUGUUUCUUUAAGUAGCCUGCGUGCAGCCUGGCUUUUCGAUGGGGAAGGGGGAAAAGUCCUUCCUCCUUCCCCAUCAAAAAGUCAGGCUGCACGCAGGCUAUCUUUAAGCAGACGGGCUGGGACGUUGUCAGGUCCUGUGGCUUUUGUAACAUCCAAUGUUUGAAGAACUGCUUGAACUUCCUCAACUAUCAGAAUGAUCUCAGACAAGACUGUAGUCUCUAGUUCAUGGCUGGUUUCAAUCUCGUUCCCCGAGCCUGCGAUCCUCGGGAAGGAACGUGAGGCUCUUGGAUAAUCCGUUUCAGGGAGGAAUCUGAUUGGCCGUUGAAAUGGAAUGCGUAGUUCAAUCUUAGCCAGGAUUCUCUUAGCCAGGAUUCCUGGCUUCCGGCAACGGAUUAUCCCAGAGCCUCGCGUUCCUUCCCGAGGAUCGCAGGCUCGGGGAACGAGAUUGGGCUGGUUUCUUCCCAACCUCGUUCCCAGGGCUUUCGUAUGAGGACGAGGGGAGAGACGAGAAAGCCCUGGUCUGGGCCGGUCAAUUUUGCAUUCUGAUUGGCUAACACCAUAUAGGCAUAUUGUCUAAAAAUAGCAGAACUUGACAGUUGAUAUAACAAUUCAAUAUAUCAAUUCAAUCCGGACAUAACAAUGUACUUGUAUAUUUUGCAAUAUUAUACCUCAAAUUCAAAUUUCCUAUAAAAAAACAGCAUUUGUACCACGUGACAAUGUGAUUUUUUACGGUAUUUACUCAAAUUCAUGAUUUCGCAAUGCAGCGUGAGAUACUAUAAUAUCCCACGGUGGAUCCACCUUGGGAUAUUAUAGUAUCUCACGCGUGACGCGUGGACACCACACUCUGAAACAACAUGGCGUUCGUGAGCUGUUGUUUGUAAUUUCGUACAGAAGAUUUAUUGAUUUAAGUUAACCAAAGAUUUUCAAGACGUAUGUUACCUUCAAUGAUCCAAAGGAUACAUGCUCAAAUAUUUUAAAAAACUCGGGUAUACAUAAGAAGUUAAAAAUUGUAUUGUCUAUUGAGCUCAAGUUUUAAAGUUUAUUCUGAACUUGGUGGGUUCUUUAACUCUCGGUAUAAUAUAUCAUUUAUAGACCCUCCGCUCGGGGGAUUCGUCGAAAUAUUACCCUCAGGGUAUCACUACCAAAUUACCACUUCGGGUAAUAUUCCGCCGAAUCCCCCGAGCGGAGGGUCUAUAAAUGAUAAAAUAAUCUUUCAAAGUAAGAAGUUUUCAGUUUUGCCGACUGCAUGAUUUACUUUCGCCUCGGCCGGUUACAAAACUGAAAAGCCAUAUCGACGUGAGCUGUGAUAUUUCCUGACAAAACAAGAAACGUCUACUAUUAUUAAGCUGUAGUUUUCCUUGUACAGCAUUUAUAAUGUAGUGCAGAUGUCUGAUGAAAUACUACGCGUAUUGCAUUGCAGUAAUACUUUAAUUUACAACAUUUUAUACUGACAAAUAAAAGCAAGACAAACAAUUAAAUGAAACUACUAAUUUAUAAAUUUAGGGCCUGUUUAUAUGGAAGCCGGGCUGGCCCGCUUAGCGAGACAGCCCGGUAAGCGGGAUGAAUUUCUCUUGUGUUUAUAUGAGAAAAUUUCAUCCCGCUUGCCGGGACAAUUUUGUUACAUUGUAUUGUUUUGACAGUUGUUAAAAUUAGCUUGCGGCAGUAUCUUUGAACUUUCAUCCCGGCAACCGGGCUAGCCCGCUUGUGAGUGUUUAUAUGGAGAAAUUUCCAUCCCGGUAGGCGAGAUCUCGCCUCUUUCAAGCGAGAUCUCGGCAACCGGGCCAGCCCGCUUGUCCAUAUAAACCCACGAUAAUUUUUACUAUAAAAAUAACUACACAUCGAGAUCCCGCUUACCGGGCUGUUUCGCUUAUAUAGCGGGCCAGCCCGGCUUCCAUAUAAACAGGCCCUUAGGCCCUGUUUACUUAGCUCAUGCGCGUAGGCUAUGUAGCCUGUACAAGAUUCGCUUGUCACGACACCGAAUUUUACAGUUUCAGAAUACUCCGAAUACUUGAAAAUUGCGAUUAUACGAUAAAAUAAAACAUAGAUUGUGAAGGGGGAUAAAAUUUGUAGGCCAGCAUUGCUUCUGAACGGCAACUGUUGGUGUCGAAUCCGUGUAUUUCCUGUACAGCGUAAGGGUCCGUAAGGAAAUAGGUUACGCCGUUACGCGAGGUUUUAUAUUUGUGUUUAUUUAUAUCGAACUAAGUCUAAGAGCAUAUUUAAACCAAAUAUUAAAGGCAAAGCCAUAUUGUUCAAGACGAGAGAAAGCAAAUUUCGUGUGAAUCGCCACUUGGAUAAGCCUAGGUACUGCUUGGAAAUCAUGUUGAGAUAAAGAGAUACAGUUGUGCCUUUGGCUUUUGCCUGUCACGUCCUCGCUGUGCUUGAAAAUCUCUAGAAAUAUCGGUAUAUCUCAGAAAACAUCGACGGUGUCUUCAGAGAUUUCAGCUGAUUCGUGCCAAACUUCGCUACACAUAUAUAAUAUCGAUUGAGAAGUGUUUUGGCUGUUUAUUUGUUUCAAAGACUUGUCUUUUUCAGUUAAGAAUAUUUUGCCACUCCUUGACGAGUAGCUGUCAAAUAUAUCUAUAUUUUGGGUAGUCACAUGACAGACCCAGACCAGGGCCUUCUCGGGUUACAUUUUCAUGUCACGCAGUCACGAAAUAUGAUUGGUUAGAGAUGGGGAUUGGGUCAGGUUUCGUGAUUGCGUGACAUGAAAAUAUGAUCCUUUCUUGUCUCUCCCCUCGUCCUCACACGAAAGCCCUGGGAACGAUGUUGGUUUAUUCUUCCCUUAAGGAGUCAUUAGAGUCAAAUACUGAUGCAAAGAACCUGUUAAACAUGG